AUGAAAUCCAACCAAGAGCGGAGCAAUGAAUGCCUGCCACCUAAGAAGCGAGAAAUCCCUGCCACCAGCCUGCCUUCGGAGGUGAAGCCGGUCCUGCCAAACGAGAACCACCGUGCAGAUAACCUAGCAUGGCUCCCCAGCAGCCAGGGCAGCCUGGGGGGCCGGCACCGGCCCGGGGGGACGUCGGCGACGGAGGCAGGCUUGCAGCAGGGUUUGCACAAGUCGCUGUCUGCAGGGCUGGACUAUUCCCCUCCCAGCGCGCCCAGGUCCGUUCCAGUCUCCACCACUCUUCCCACGGUGUACUCGCCCGCCCUCUCCCAGUCAGGGACCCCUGUUUCCCCCGUGCAGUACACACACCUGCCGCACACCUUCCAGUUCGUCGGGCCCCAGUACAGCGGGUCGUACACCGGAUUCAUCCCCUCACAGAUGAUUUCCCCAACAGCCAAUUCUGUGACCAGUGCCGUGGCAGCGGCCACGGCCGUUGCGACCACUCCAUCCCAGCGCUCCCAGCUGGAGGCUUAUUCCACUUUGCUGGCUAGCAUGAGCGGCUUAAGCCAGCAGGGCCACAAAGUUGAGCCACACCUGGUCAGGACACCUGGACUGAUCGCUGCUGGGUCUCCUCCACCCACCCAGCAGAACCAGUAUGUCCACAUUUCCAGCUCUUCCCAGAGCACUGUCAGAAACGUCUCUCCUCCAACCAUCCCGGUCCCCCUGCACCCCCAUCAGACAGUGAUCCCACACACCCUCACCCUCGGCCCUUCCUCCCAAGUGGUGGUGCAGUACACCGACUCGGGGGGCCACUUUGUCACCAGGGAUCCCCCCAAGAAGCCCGAGAGCAGCCGGCUGCAGGUGAUGCAGGCCAAGGAGGUGCUGAACGGUGAGAUAGAGAAGAGCCGGAGGUAUGGCAUUUCGCCUUCUGCUGACAUGGGUCUAAUACCGGUCGGUGGCGCAGACGUCGAGCCAUCAGGAGUCACGCCUGCGAUCGUCACGUCGUCUCCCCAGUUUGCAGCAGUGCCUCACACGUUUGUCACCACCGCCGUCCCCAAAAGCGAGAACUUCAGCGCGGAGCCCCUCACCACCCAGCCCGCCUACCAGGCCACCAUGGUGCAGGCGCAGAUCCACCUGCCCGUGGUGCAGUCCAUCGCUUCCCCCGCCGCCGCCGCGCCUCCCACGCUGCCCCCUUACUUCAUGAAGGGGUCGAUCAUUCAGCUGGCCAACGGGGAGCUGAAGAAAGUAGAGGACUUGAAAACAGAAGACUUCAUCCAGAGCGCGGAAAUUAGCAAUGACCUGAAAAUAGACUCCAGCACUGUGGAGAGGAUUGAAGACAGCCAUAGCCCGGGCAUCGCCGUCAUACAGUUUGCGGUUGGGGAGCAUCGAGCGCAG